GAACCCAUUCCCAAUUCCCCUCUCCGGCCUUCGCCGCCGCCAAGGCACGAAGCCAGAGCGCGACGACAUAAAUCGUGGGAGCGCCCGCCUUUGAAUCGGUUUCCCCCACGCCAUGUCCUCCCCCUGCGUCUCGCACCAACAGCAGGUCCGUCUCCGUCUCCGCGCUGCCAGCCGCCUUCCCGCCCCAGACACGGCCUCGUUCGCGCCGCCCGCGCCCCGGCAGCUUCGGAUGGCGCACGCGGCGAUGAGCGCCAAGGCGCCCCUCGGCGUGGCGCCGACGGAGGAGGGGGCCGGGACGCCGGGGCAGCAGGCCGUGCUGGGGUAGAUGGUGGAGGAUGCCGCCGUGUGGUGCGCCGUCCACGGGCUCGUCAUCGGAGAUCGCGCCAACCAGAGAUCAGGAACGGUCCCUGCGGUUGGCCUGGUUCACGCUCCAUUCUCGCUGCUUCCAGCGCGUUUUCCGGCAUCGUUCUUCAAUCAAGCAUGCGAGCUGGCUCCUAUCUUCAAUGAGCUCGUGGAUCGUGUCAGCUUGGAUGGGGAGUUCUUGCAAGCUGCUUUGUCUAGAACAAAGCAGGUUGAUGAAUUUACUUCAAGGCUGCUAGAAAUUCAUGAUAAGAUGAUGUCUAUAAAUAAGAAAGAGGAUAUACACUUAGGAUUGCACCGGUCUGACUAUAUGCUGGAUUCCGAAACCAAUUCACUACUUCAAAUUGAGCUCAACACUAUCCCAUCAUCCUUUCCUGGCCUUGGCUCCCUUGUCAGUGAACUUCAAAGGUUGUACAAAAUGAUAUUCCACCAGAAAGCAUGGAUGCCAUGCGCCCGGUGCAGCAGCACUUGCCAACACGGACAAGCACUCCACCCUCCAAAAUGAAUAACCUUCCAAAGGAUGCACAGAACAUGGAAGUGUCUACACCAGUACCCCCAAUAAAUCCGGAAGGAAAUGAUGAGGACGAGACUCCAAAGAACACUGUCUCUAGAAAUGGUGGUUUCCUGCAGAAUGCAGUUGGGCAAGACCUAGUCCAUCUUGGCGUUGCAAGAACAGCAAGUGGUUGCCCUUCGGCUGUCGCUUCCGGUGUUAGCACCAGACACCAGCACAACAGAAUGGAUCUUGAUCCAGCAUCCAGCAGCGUGGAUAAUUUCAAAACACCAGAACUUACAAAAGAAAACGGUCUCGAGGAGGAUGGGAAAGGAGAGAGUAGUAUGUAUGAUGAGAGGCAACCUAAGAGAAGGAAGCGUACCCUUAUGAAUAAUGAGCAAAUAGAUGAAUUAGAGAAGGCUCUAGUAGAUGAGCCUGAGAUGCACAAAAACCCUGUUCUAUUGCAGAGUUGGUCAGAGAAGUUAAGUCUGCAGGGCCCAGAGAUCACAACAUCACAACUUAAAAACUGGUAAAACUGUGUAUCUUAACCGUUGUUUGAAGUUUCUUUCUUCAAAUUGGUAAUAAUGUUUUUUGUGCUUCUCAUCUAAAGCAAUUUGUAACCGUGUUUUCUCGUGCAAUUUCCAGGUUGAAAAAAAGUGUUGUAUGCAAAUUCUGACGAGGGUGAUAUAUAAUACUAUAAUCCUAAGUCUGACAGCCUAAAUAACCUGGUUCUAAGCUCCUGUUUGAUCUUUUUUUUUCUAUACCUUUUAUGCAAAUCUGAACAGUUGUUUUUACACAACUGAACACCUUUUUAAUGUGAGAUAUUGAGCAUUAUAAUUGUUAGUAUAUUAGGUUAGAGUAAAUUAGUUACCAAGCUAGGCAGCCCCGCUCCGGUAUUUAUCUCCACGGAUGAAAAGGGGACGCAGCUAUGUCAUUACAUUCUAUAGAUGCUGAAGCAUUUAUUUUCAUGAUUGAAUUUU